ACUCCUUUCUUUCCACCCUUGUUCAUCGAUUUCAAGGAAUCAAUCAUAUAGACGGGGUGUGAAAGAUGUUGGGUAUGACUCACAACGAAAACUCACCCAGAGUUUCUCGCCUGGAGACGAAAAGGACAGCUGACUCAAUGGUUGAACGGGAUUCUCAUCCGCAAUCUCCCGCCAAGAAGAGAGCUUUUCUCGGUGAGAUUUCCAAUUUGAAGGAUGUCAUGCUUACUGAGCAGAAAUUGAAGGCUGUACAGGAAAUUGAAACGAAAUUUGAUGAUUCUCAGAUGUGCGAUGGUUAUGUAACUGAUAUUUAUGAUUAUCUUCGUAACAAGGAGAAAGAGGCAAAGAGAAGGCCACUUCAUGAUUAUAUUGAGAAAGUACAAAAGGAUAUGACUGCAAACAUGAGAGGGGUUUUGGUGGAUUGGUUGGUCGAGGUUGCAGAAGAAUACAAGCUUCAAUCUAAUACACUUUAUCUCUCAGUCAGUUAUGUUGACAAAUUCUUGUCUAUUAAUCCUAUCAAUAAGAAGAAGUUACAGUUGCUUGGCGUUUCUUCUAUGCUCAUUGCAUCAAAGUUUGAAGAGAUUAAUCCUCCAACCGUUGACGACUUCUGCUACAUCACAGAUAACACUUACAGAAAGGAAGAUGUAAUGAAGAUGGAAGCUGAAAUAGUCAAAUCUCUUAAAUUUGAAGUGAGCAGUCCAACAAUUUUGACCUUCUUGAGAAGAUUUGCCAGUAUUUCUGAAGAAGAUUGCAAAGAUCCAAUUUUGGAGUUUGAGUUAUUGGGAUGUUACUUGGCAGAGUUAAGUUUGUUGGACUAUGGCUGUUUGAAGUUUUUACCAUCCAUGAUUGCUUCUUCUGUUAUAUUCCUUUCAAGGUUCAUAUUCCACCCUGAUAAGCAUCCAUGGAAUGCAAAUCUUCAAAAGUAUUCAGGAUACAAAGCUGCUGAUUUAAAAGAAUGUGUUGUUAUAAUACAAGACUUGCAAUUGGGUAAAAGAGGAGGCUCUUUGGUAGCAAUCAGAGAGAAAUACAACCAGCAUAAGUUCAAAUAUGUUGGGUUGAUGAAAUGUCCUCUUGAAAUACCCAAUUUAUUCUUUGAAGAAAUGAGGCUAUUUAGAGUGUUGAAGGCUUGAAGCAUGUUAGCUUAUUCUUGAAUAUGAAAUCUUCCUCAAAUUGGAUCUAUCUAGCUAUCUGGUAUCAAUCCAAGCUGAGUGACCUAUAAAAGCCAAAUUUUGUAGUUUAGGAUUGUAAAAAAUGGUUAUUUUAGCACAUGAAGUAAAGUUGGCCAUGUGAUAAUAU